CAGUACUUGUGGACCCGGAAGCGAUCGACGGAUUGCACAAUUUAUUGAAAAUCAUAUAUAUGUAGUCGUCGAAGCUGGAGCCUCGUGUAUUGAAUGCACUGAUUGAAGAUUGAAGAGUUGUUUCAGAAGGCAAUGGAUAACGAAGAAAGCUCAUCAUCGUCAUCAGCUGUGAAGCAAGUCGUGCGUAAAACACUUAUCAUUGAGAACAUCGGCAUGGCAACAACAGCUGAUGAUUUGACUCGCUGCUUUGCCCCGGCACUACAGAAGUGUGGUAAGGACCGCCCCGUUAUACAACUAGCUAUUGACAAGAAGGGCCGGUCCCUGGGGUACGCAACCGUCACAGUCCCCCUCAGCACGGUGGAGCUGUUCCUGGACUUCAACGAUAGGUACAUCAACAACGACAAGGUCCGAGUGAUGAUGGGUGAUAAGCGGGUUGGCACUUGGCAGUCACAGGGGAAUGGCGUGUUCAUGUCGUCACCGGCGAGAAGGUCGACAGCCGACACCGUCACCUGCAACACCACCUUCGUCCACAGCCUCAUCGAUGGUGGAAUGUAUCUGAGACACAAGAAGUUUAAGGUUCCCGAUCAUGUUAUUGCAGCAGCGCUCACAGACGGUACAGACAAACUGGUGUCCCUUGGAAAGUCUGUCUUUGAGAGCCAGGAGACCCUUAAACUCAGCCGACUAUUCUCUGGGGCAGUCUAUUGUACAGCAGGUGUCAGCCCACGGAACGCUGUGUUCUGGACCGAUGAAACCUCACACCAACUGGAGGAGAUCACCAAGAGCCCUGGCUGCGUUGCCAUUGGUCAGUGCGGGUAUGACCUGAGUACAGACAAGCUGGUGGACACAGCUGUACCCCAGCUGCAGGCGUUUGAAGCACAGAUUCAGCUGGCUAUCCGGCUCAGCAUGCCACUUGUUGUGUGUGAGAACAAGGCCAAGUCGGAGGUGAUGGCGCUGCUCACCUCAUACAAGGACAAGUUGCCUCGGGUCGCAAUCCUUGCCACCCCAGCCAGCCAAGACGACAUCACAGACUAUCUGGAUCAUGGUUUUUACUUUUUCAUAACUGGUGACAUGUGGAAGCCAGGGUCAAGCAGCCCUGUCUGGAGUUGGCUCCUUGACUGUACGGCAGAGCAGCUGACCAGAGUGAUAUUGUCCAGCCAGAUGCCUAUGACGGGAUGCCAGACAAGCCUGUCCUCCCUGGCUGAGGCCGUCGCUACAAAGACGGGGAAAGAACUAGAAGAUGUGCGGAGAAUCCUGAGAGACAACACCAUGAGGUUUUAUGGUCUGUCUGAAGUGGAAUCACAGGGAGAAGAGAGUGGCAUAGAUAUCGGGUGUAGCGUUGAUCAAACAGUGAAUGUGGAAACCAACUGGACCUAUAGGAUUCUGUUGUGGUUGGCUUUUGUUAGUGGACUGGCAGCGAUGUACUUCUAUGGCAACUGAGCAGGUCUUGUGUAACAGGUUCCAAGGCUGGUUCCAUAGUGACCACUGAGCAGGUCUUGUGUAACAUGUUCCAGUACAGUGGCCACUGAGCAGGUCUUGUGUUACAUGUUCCAGUAUAGUGACCACUGAGCAGGUCUUGUGUAACAUGUUCCAAGGCUGGUUCCAGUAUGGUGGCCACUGAGCAGGUCUUGUGUACAGGUUCCAGUAGGGUGCCACUGACCAGGUCUUGUGUACAGGUUCCAGUAUGUUGGCCACUGAGCAGGUCUUGUGUACAGGUUCCAGUAGGGUGCCACUGUCCAGGUCUUGUGUACAGGUUCCAGUAUGGUGGCCACUGACCAGGUCUUGUGUACAGGUUCCAGUAUGGUGGCCACUGAGCAGGUCUUGUGUACAGGUUCCAGUAUGGUGCCACUGAGCAAGUCUUGUGUACACGUUCCAGUAUGGUGGCCACUGAGCAGUUCUUGUGUACAGGUUCCAGUAUGGUGCCACUGAGCAGGUCUUGUGUACAGGUUCCAGUAUGGUGGCCACUGAGCAGGUCUUGUGUACAGGUUCCAGUAUGGUGCCACUGAGCAGGUCUUGUGUACAGGUUCCAAUAUGGUGCCACUGAGCGGGUCUUGUGUACAGCUUCCAGUAUGGUGGCUACUGAGCGGGUCUUGUGUACAGGUUCCAGUAUGGUGCCAUGGAGCAGGUCUUGUGUACCAGGUUCAAAGGCUGGUUCCGGUGUGGUGGGCUUGGUGUGUGUGAUUCCCGAAAUCAGUUGACACUUUACAAAGAGACUUUAAUAAUUUGAGUACAUUAUCUUGAUUCAAUAAAGAAAAAUAAACAGUAAA